UACAGAAUUUGUAUGGGGAAGAGAUCUGUCAGUUGCAAGAGAGGAAGUGACUAGAGGUACAAAGAAAGAGUUGCUGAACUCAGAGAUUAAAAGCAAGCUGUGGAAUUAGAAUUUCUUUCUUCAGUGAAAUGCUGCUGCUGGAACUGGUAUUUUUUGCAGUUCUCUUCCCAGUUGGUGACACUCAGGAUGCCUUCCAAGAACCAAUCUCUUUCCAUAUCACUCAAAUCACAUCUUUUGCCAACAGUUCUUGGGUGAAAUAUCAGCUCUCAGGCUGGUUGGGAGAUUUACAGAUUCAUGACAUGGACAGUGAUUCAGGCACUGCCAUAUUCCUGAAGCCCUGGUCUAAAGGCAACUUCAGCAAUGAAGAAAUGUCUGAAGUGGUGGAGCUAUUUCGGGUCUAUAUCGUUGCAUUCAUUCGAGAAACAAAAGCCCACGUGAAUGCCUUGCAGAUGGAAUACCCUUUUGAGAUCCAGGGCAUUGCAGGCUGUGAGCUGCAUUCUGGAGGUGCCAUUGUAAGCUUUUUGCAAGGAGCCUUUGGAGGACUGGACUUUGUGAGUUUCAAGAAUUCUACUUGUGUUCCUGCCCCAGAAGGUGGCAGCAGGGCACAGAAGGUCUGCAAACUACUUGCUCCAUAUCACGAUAUCUUCUACACUGUGGAGAAGCUGCUUUAUGAAACCUGUCCUCAAUAUCUCCUGGGUGUCCUUGAAGCAGGAAAGGCAGAUCUACAGAGGCAAGUAAAACCCAAUGCAUGGUUGUCCAGUGAUUCCACUCAUGAGCGUGGCCAUCUGCAGCUGGUGUGUCAUGUCUCUGGAUUCUACCCAAAGCCUGUGUGGGUGAUGUGGAUGCGGGGUGAGCAGGAGCUGUCUGAAACUCAGAGAGGGGACAUCCUGCCCAAUGCUGAUGACACAUGGUAUCUCCGAGUGACCCUGGAUGUGGUGACUGCGGAAGCCACUGGUCUGUCUUGCCGAGUGAAGCACAGCAGUCUAGGAGGACAGGACAUUGUCCUCUAUUGGGGACACUCCAAUCCCAUUGGCUGGAUCAUUUUGGCAAUAGUUUCCUGUUUAAUCUUUUUCCUGUGUUUUGCAUUAUGGUGUUUUAGACGCUUGCCAUAUGAAGGCAUCUUCUGAGACCUCAUGGUGUCAUAUUGAGUGAUUGGAUUUCACAAUGAGAAGCCCAGAAAGUUAGUUGUUAAUACAGUAAUCAAUCUUGUUAUAUUUCAUAAAAUAACUACUGCUUUUAAAUAACAUUGUAAGAUAAACCACAAUAUAUAUCAGUAUAAAAUGAACUUAUUUUGAAAUGGUAUCAACAGUAGUUCCACCCGAAUGUCAUAAUUUAUCAGAUGUAUUCCCUGCAGUCCUUAAAAUGACAAGAUGUUUUAUCUUUUUUAUUUUGUUGAUUUUGUGUGUCAUUUUAAUUUAUUUUCAAGUAGGAAACUGCAAUUACAGUACCAUAUCUUAUUUAUCUUGUUGAGAAUGCAUGUAGGUGGACUCAGUUUGUGAAUAUUUUGUUUAGGGCUAUGGAUUUGUGUUCUUUUAUUUUUUGCCAUGAUCUUGUCAGGUAUUGAUGUUAAGGAAGUUUUGCCUACUAAAAUAUGUUGAAAAAUGUUCCUUCCAUUUUGUCCCUGGAGUACGCAGAAAUGUACAUUUUUGUUGUUGCAAUGAUUUGUCAGAAGAGUUUUUAAAUAAAGUUUUAACUUUUAUAGACUAUUUAAAAAAAUAAGUGUACCUCUAUUCACAUAAUCCGUUUGGAUAUGCAUUUUUGUCAGCAUAGUAAUUUGUAGUUUUUGUACAUUGUUCAAGUUAUCCAAAUUACGUUUAUUUCUAAUAACUGGUUCAUGUUUUUAUGAUCUUGUCAAUGUCUGUAAGACUUUUAGUGUGUAAUUAUUUAAACUUGUAUUGAAAAUUUUUUUCCAUCCCUUGUUCCUUUUACCUCAUGCUCACCAGACAGGCACUUAUGCCACUGAUCUAAAUCCCCAGUCCUCAUAUUUUUUAUUGUUUCUUUUUUUUUUCUUGGUAAUGGGGAUCAAUUCUAGGCUGUUCAUGUGAGGCAAGGACUCUAUCUCUGCACUACACUACCAGCCUACUCUUAUUCUUUGUCUCACUGUGACAAGAGUUUUAUCAAUUCCUAAAGUUUUCAAAGAACUACCUUUUGACCAUGUUGGGCCUGUCAUUAUAUUAUUAUUAUUUUCUCUCUGUUCCUUAGACAUUAUUUUUAUAUUCCUUUCACCACUUUCUUUUUUCACCUUUUUGUCUACUUUCUUUUUGUUAUUUUGAGACAACAUCUUGCUACUCCAGGCUGGCCUUGAAUUUGCUUUGCAGACCAGGCUGGCCUCAUAUUCAAAGCUGUGUACUUGCAUCAGCCUCCCUAUUGCUGGAAUAAGAGAUGCGAGCCACAAUGCUGAGUAAUAUUUCUGACUUGUUAAUGUAGGUUCUUCAGUAACUUACUUUUAGCUGUUUUUUUCCUGUUAGGCGUUUCAAGAUUUAAAAGAUUCAUUAAACGUGGUUUCAGUGCAUAUCUAAAAUUUUGGUCUGCUGCAUUACCUUUGUUCAUGUAUUUUCUAGUUUCCACUUUUUAGCAUGUUAGGUAUCUAGAAUUUGCAUUUCAGAACUUCCAUACAUGAGGAAUUUUCUGGCUAUCUUUUAAUCACAGAUUUUUAAAAAUCAUGAUUACAGUGUUUCUGAGAAAAUAUUUCAUUGUGUUCAGGCUUUUGAAGUUUAUUUAUAUUGCUUUAUGGGAAAACAUAUUAGUUAAAUGAAUGUUUCACACUCAAAAGUACUAUGUUUCUCUUUGAAAAAUUCUGAGUUUUAAACAUAUCAUGGAGUCAUGCUGUUUAAAUCUUAUACUUAGUGAUUUCUUUGUAUUCACAGAGGUAUAUUAAAAACUGUCAAAUC